AUGCCAUCUAUUGGAGCACUGCUCAUCAUUGGUCUUUGCCUUGUUUCCUUCCUCGGAAACGUUGCUGCUGUGCCACUCCCAGAGGACGGGGUUGUCGGCCCGGAUGAGGAUGGUCUUGGACCUUCUUGUACUGUGAUCAAGAGGAAGGAGUGGUUUGUUUCACCCACUCGUGAUCCCUCAAUUCACUUUUUAUUUUCACGGACAUACUGAUUCCCGGUUGGUGGUGCUGUAUAGGAGGAGGUUGUCCAAGGUUCAGAAGAAGAGCUACAUCAAGGCGGUAAAAUGCCUCCAAGAUAAGCCCGCCAUAGCGAAAGCCACGAUCCCGAAUUCCAUUAGUCGGUUCGACGACUUCCAGGGCGUCCAUAUUCAGCAAACGUUCUCCAUUCACUUUGUCGUAAGUAUGCCUAUCCACCGAAAACUUCCCUUGAGGAAGGUGGCGGUACCUUGAGUUAUUGCCAUCAUUAUCCCAGCCUCUGGUAAAAAAAAAAAAAAAGAUGGGGAAAUAAGAGGAUGGGAUUUCGGGGUUUUGAUUGGAGCGCUUGGUGGCUCGGGCCAAUCGAUGUCCGUGUUUCUAACCCCUGUUUUCCCUUUUUUUUUUUUUCUCCAGUAGGCUGUAUUGUUGGCGCGUUGUUCUUAUAGGCUAAUUCAUUUGUUCAUUCUCAUGUCCAGGGUCACUUCCUAGCCUGGCACAGGUACUACCUAGCAAUCUAUGAGAAAGCGCUCCGCGAGGAGUGCGAUUACAAAGGAGCGCAACCGUGCGUCUAAGCUUAACCUUUAAUUUCGGCCCUUUUUUUUCUCUCUGAAUCCUCCCUCCCUCCCUCUCUAAACAGCUUGCUAACCUGACACAAUCCCGAACAAAGCAGAUACUGGGACUGGACCCUCGAUGCAGACAAUUUCAUAGCAUCACCGCUAUGGGACCCGGUAACUGGCUUUGGUGGAAACGGGGUUCCGGCUCCGGCAGACGGGUCCCCCUUCGCUGUCCCCGGUGCUACCGGAGGUGGGUGUGUCACCGAUGGUCCGUUCGUGGACAUGAGACUCCACCUUGGCCCUGGGCCUUCGCUGGCUGGCACGAGUCGCUGUCUGAGAAGGGCCUUUAGUCCUUGGAUCGCGAAGACUUUUUCCAACACCGCUAAAGUGAAUAAUGCGCUCGCGCAGAAGGACUUUGGCUGGUUUAAUAAGGUCGUAGAGGGAGAGACCAACUUUUUGAACGUCGGAAUACAUGGUGGAGGGCAUUAUUCUAUUGGUGGAGAGGUGGGAAUUCCUCCGCCCCCCCUCUCCCUGCAAUAGGUUUUUCUAAUAUGGACUUCUCUUUCUUCCUCUAUGAUAGGCAGGAGAUUUAUAUGCCAGUCCGGGGGAACCAGUCUUCUACCUCCACCACGCAAACCUUGAUAGAAUUUACUGGCAAUGGCAGUCUAUGAACCUGCCCGCUCGCCUUUCGGAUAUUUCUGGCCCCAUUCAGAUGUUCGGCCCGAUCACUGGGCCUAAUGUUACGUUGUCGUUCCCCAUCGACUUGGGCCCUCUUGCACCUGCCGUUACCGUCCAGGAGCUUAUGGACACCAAGGGGAAUAAGACGGGGAGCGGAGUGCUCUGUUACACUUAUCAAUAG